AUGAGUGUUUCUGCUCCAUACAAUAAUGGAUCUCCCGGUCCAGUUCCAGCGUCAGUUCAAGGCCCAGCGACGAGACGAAACACACACCCUCCAGCUGGAUUACCAAAAGGAAAGGAAAAGAAGGAGCGCAGUCUCUAUGAAGACGAUAUAUACGUUUCACCCAUUCUAGAAAGGAGGCCCUCUUGGUCAGGAACACGCUGGACUCGCUUUUUUCCUGAACUCUCAUCGCAUUUCUCGCUUGUCUCGCCUACAAGCCCCCCUCGCCGCCAGCCUCAGUCAUACGGCUCUCCGCAAUCCGGAGUCUAUUUUCGAGAAAACUCAUCCGAGGAAGAUACCUCCGAGACAGCGACGGGGACGCCUUCGCUAUGGUCCGACGAGCUGGUCGAUGACGCCUCCUCGUGCUACAGUCGCAGAUCGUCCAUCACCAGUUUAGGAUCUGAACUCUCUGCUUCGGCAUACAAGUCCGCCGACGCAUUCUCCAUUAUGUCGCCUACUAGGGCAGGCGUGUUUGACGAAAUCUCCGUGUACCGGUCCGCCUCAAAUAUGUCUAGAAGGUCACCGAGGUCGCCCUCCCUACGGGAGAAGCCACUCCCAAUCGUCCCCCCGAUUCAAAUGGCGCCGUUAUCGAUCCGGCGCAAGAAAAAGCAACCACCAGUGAUCCGCGAAGAUAGGCUGAAUGAAAUUCUCGAAUCGACUGCGGCAACGCACGGCCACAAUCCGACGCUGUCACAGGCUGCAGAGGAACUCGAAAAUGCGCUCGCCGGUCUUGUGAAACGCAGAAAUUCCCUGCCACGUAUUGAUACGCCCCUGCAAGUAAGCAGAGGUAAUAUGGACAUGAUCCCCUCGCGUUCGGCCCCGAGUCCGCCCAUCGAUCUUUUGAAGAACAGAAAGUUGUCGUUGUCCAUAGCUUCGCCGGACGAGGAAAUGAGACGCGCCAAGAAACCCCACAAAGGCCGGCUUUCUUUCACGAUGCCCGGUUUUGGCAAGAAGAAGGAUCGGCCCCAUCUCCGCUCCUUGAGCGGCUCCAAUGUCAUCACUGGACUCGAGCGUAAACACGCCCGUCACAGCGCAGCGGCAUCCCAAUCAUCAGCAAAAGAGUCGGAAAAGGAAAAUGAAGCUGUCAGGUCGGCGAAAACCGACUUCCUUAAUCUGCCGCCACCUCCUGCACGGUCUGUGUCAGUCAGCAGUGAGCGACAUUUGCGCUUGAAGUUGCCCCGCCUUCAAACAAAGGAAGUGCAGUCACCUGGGAGCAUACGAUGCGAACGUGCGCCACUGAAGACCCCAGCUGCAGAUGAUGAAGAAGGUUCCGGGGCCCAGGAACCUGCAGCCUCGCAGCCCAAGCCGCGAAAAACAUUUUCAUUUGAGCCCGAGGGCACGAUGUCGAAGCAAACUGUUGCAUCAGAGCCGCUCGGACCGGCGUAUGAGACGGACACUCACUCGGCACCGGUAGUAAUAUACGAGCUUGACGCCGGUCUUCCAGAACAGCAAAUCAAGUCCCCCGUUGUGGCUCCGCCUUUCGUUCCCUCCGGGCAGAUGCCUGGGACCUUACCUGAUGAGGUCGUCGCGAUGAUCCUAAGACACUGCAGCUCAUUACCGGACCUGUUCAAUUUUGCCGUCAUGAACAGGCAGUUCUAUCGUGUUUUCAAGAAGCAUGAGCUCGACCUGAUCAAAAGCACAGUCUUUCAAAUGUCACCCCCGGCAUGGGAGCUGCGCGAAAUGAGCCCGCCGUGGGAUAGCGAGUGGCAGGUCUUGUUUGACCUGGACGCUCCUGUACCGGAGUAUACACCUUCUCUCUACCUCGACCGUUACACCCGCGACCUGUACACGCUGGUCACACUCAAGGGGCUGAUCCUCGCUCGCUGUACCACUUUCCUUCGUCCGGAAACAGUAAGCGGCUUGUCGGGCGUGGACGACACCCGCGCGGAGGAGAUCGACAACGCAUUCUGGCGGGUUUGGACGUUUUGCCGGAUCUUUGGCUGUGGAAAGGGUCGGGAGGGCGAUGUUGUCGGACAGCUGGAUUGGCUGAAUGGCGGUAUCAUGGCCACGAGCCAGCCCACCUCUGUUACGAUGUCGAUCAGCGAGCCGUUUGGCAUCAAUAACGUCCUGUUCGAGCCUCCUGAGGGAUUUGGACGUGGAAACCCUGGCGGUCUAUCGCAUAGCCAGCUCUACGACAUGACGGAGAUCUGGACAUGCCUGGGGGUUCUGCUCCAGCCGAUCCACGGCAAAUGCGAGGCGGCGCGGAAAGCAGGUAUAUUCAACGGACAUGUUGCCGAUAAAGACUCCGUGAAGGAGGAGGAGACAUUAGAGGAGUGGACAUCUUACAUCCUCACCCUCGGCCCAUCUGCUGUCCUAGCCCUAGGCUCAAUCGCAACAGUCGACAACGCAGACGAAAUCUUUCAGCGCGCCCAAACGCUCGGCCUGACGAAAUGGGAACCGGCUGACGCAAGCCGCUCAAUCUUCUUCCGCGAAGCCGUCUCAAAGGCAUACAAACCUCGUGAACCCUUACCCCGCAAAUCCUCGCCUCUUCGCCAAACCAACUCCAACGCCUCCAGAUCCUCUGGUUCCAGCGACACUUCCCCAUCAAACAGCAUCAGCGGCAAAACCCACCGCCGACGACAAGCCGCCUACGCUGAGCAACUCCGCAACCGCCGCGCUCAGAACCCCGACCUCUCCUACAUCGAAGAGCGCCCGAUCUCCAGCUAUGCUGAGAUCAUGAACCGGCUAGCUGGGGCGCCUCCACAUCCAUUCUAUCACCAACAAUCCCAGGAACCCGUCCCACCUCUCCCAACUCCUGCCUCAACCAGCACAACUGCACCUCCAUCAUCGCCACCAGCUGCUGUCCAACCACCCCAAGUGCCACCCAUCAACACCCACAAUCUCCAGAUCCCCUACACAAACGCCCGCCCUCCACGACCUCCCGUUCAGAUCCCGCAAGUCCGCGACCCAGCCGACCAGGCCAUUGAGAUGAUGGUCCGUGAACUCGGGUUCGUUGAAGAGGACGCAAAAUGGGCUCUCAAGAUCACGGAUACCGGCGAAGGGAUUAACCCCAAUGCCGCCGUGUCGCUACUCGUUCAAGAAUAUCAGAGACAGAGUCUGAACCUCGGCCAGAAUGCUUAUGGCUACAGCACCGGUCCCGUACUACCACCUGGGACGAGGCCGAUGUCUGGACAUUCCACUGGCGCGAGAAACAGUAUUCUGUACUCUGUCAUGCACAGUCAGGAAGCGAUGGGAUCGGGGUGGAGGUGGGCUUAG